AUGGAGGCCCGAUUCCGACAGAUAGCGAUACUCCAGCGGGGCGGGAGCGACAGCCGUGACCCAAUUAAGCGGAUACAAUGGGCGACGCAUACGGCCGGGUGCAUCCACAAUGCGCCGGCCUCGCGGCCGCGUCGCGCUGCGUUGCCCACCGGACAAGGGCGCGGCCGCGCUUGCACGCGCCACGUGUCUCUCAACCCGCCGCUUUUGCUCAUAUGCGCUCACUUCCGUCAAUCCGAUACCAAUCUGACUUCAAGACGGAUAUUUAUAGUUUUCAAAUUAAGCGAUCAUGGCGCCAUCAAGCGGCGACCACGUGUACUUAUGCGAUACGUGUCGAAGUCACCUGAACGGGAAUUACUGGAAACUAAUAAUUUUAGCUACUUGGCCGAACCAGGGGAUGUAAUAGCUACGACAAAAGAAGAAGAGUGGGUGACAAAGAAAACAAGCGAGGUGACAACUACACGACAAAUAGCCACUAGGGUUAAGCGUGAACUGGUGCUAGAAGAUGGGCGAAUCCUCAGUGACACCGGACCAAAGAUAUCUACUUCUGUCAAUGAGGAUACGCACACGACCAACUUUCAACAAACUGAGCAUCGCGUGCCUGAUGGUCAGAACGGUGAAGAAAAUGAAAAAGAAACUGCUGGGGCGCAAAUCGAAGAUGCGGACGAACCAACAGCUACAGCUGAGAUUGAUUUGGGCGGGGAGGUAGCGCCUGCGGGAGGGAAGGUGCUGGUCUCGUCCCGUGUGGUCGCCAACCCUGACGGGAAGGUGCGGGAGAGCCACGACUUGAAGGUCCUCACGAGGAACGUGACAGAGCGCGUGCGGGAGACGGAGCAGCGCUUCCAUCACGGCGACACAACGCACGACGCUCUCAUAACAGCUGUAAACGAGACGCCCGAAGAGGAUAUCCGAGAUGCUCUGAAGGUGCAGACGGAACAUCAGCUUGCGCUGAUGCCCCGGGGUCCUGAACUUAUCAAGGAUACUGUAGCUUACAACACAACUAUAAAGACUGACGACACGAAAGAACUGCGAGCGUUACGGGCUGAUGGAACGAUUGUGACAGAGACAAGUCACACGAAGGAAGAAGAACGGCUUUGUGACGAGGAAUUGCCCAACGAAGAGGCUCGUUCGGUAGCGAGCAACGAGAGCAUAGUGAAGGAGACCGGUGGAACCGAGCGUCGCAAGCGCGUGGAUUUGGAGAGGACGACGGAUCUGAUGGCGGGUGGACUGCGCCUAGCCACGCAACUGCACUCACGCACCCGCACCGAAGAAGUUGAAAGGGAGGGACAACCAAACAUGGACGAUGAUUGGGACAGCUUAUCCGUAAGAAUGCGACGACAGCGCCGCCUCAGACUUAGUGAACACGACAAGGACUACGCGAAGCGGCCCUUGGACUUCGACAUCGAAGAGGAGACGCGCAAGAAGGAGACCUCCAAGUGGCUGGAGAGCCAUUUCGGCAGCGACUCGCGUUCCUCGCACGAUUCGAUAGCGGAGGAGAUCGCGCGGAGGCCGGAGCCCGCGUACUACGCGAAGAACAAGAGCGCCGAUGACGAGGGCUACUACGGGAAGACGUCGCCGCCAGCCCCUCCGCCGGCCGUGUACGCCGACAGAGCGCUGAGGAAGACGAAGUCGUCGACGCCGUCCGACGAGCGGCAGACGGCGCCCCUCAACCGGACGGGCGGCUACUUCAAAGGGGUGGCCGACUGGUCGCAGCGGCGGGCGACUAAGCCCAGGAUGCCUGAGCCGCGCAGCUCGUCGCCAUCGCCGCCGGCGGCGCACUCCCCCUACGCGAGCGACGACCGCUUGGACGGCUCCUCACCGCGUCACGUGUACGGCAAGCGCGACUCGCCCCAGGGCAGGUCGUCGCCGAUCGGCCGCCGUCAUCCGCCCUCGCGCGACGACUCCGCCUACGUGUCCUCGUCCACCAUGCACAGCCCGCCGCGCGGCUCGCCGUUCCGGCCGCUCGAGGCCGAACGCAACCGCGAGCCGUCCGUGGACGACGACUACCGGCACCCCGUGGCGCCCGAGCGCAAGCGGCACCCGAAGCGCGCGCCCGACGAGCACCGCUACGACAGCGGCUACCGGAGCUCGUCGCGCAACGGCCAUUCGGGCCGCUCGCGGGACAGCCGCGAGGAGGUGGCCGCAGAGCCCCCGCCUGACUACUCGCCGCCGCGCGAGCGCCGCGGCAGCUCCGACAGGGAGCGGACGCCGCCUCGACGCCGGGAGCGUGACGAGCGCAAGCAGCAUCAGAAGACACGCUUCGCGGAGGCGGAGGCGCGCCGCCGGCCGUCCCCGGCGCGCAAGUCCGUCGGCACGGCCAUCGGCAACUCGAUCAGGAAGCUGGUGGGCAAGAUUCGCUCGGCGUCGGCCGAGAGGCGCACCCGGUGGCGGAGCUCGCGCACGCCGUCGCCCGAGCACUCGUCCCGGACGUACCGGCAGUACGGCGGCGAGCUGGCGCCCCCCGUCGCGCCCCCGCACCGCUACUACCUCGGGGAGGACCCCUUCGCGCCCAGCAUCUACGGCCGCGAGCACAAGUACGAGGGCAGUCCGAGACGGAACGUUGCCAACGACGCCCGCGACCAUCGCGACAGGGGUCAGUUCUCGAGCACACUCGGCCGAUUCAGCCAUUCGACGAGCCGCCUGAACCCGAACAACGAACCGGAGGAGGAAUAUUCUAGAAGCGCGCAGACGUUGCCGCGCAAGCUGCACGAGCGCAAAGAGAGGGCCGAGAAGCCGGCCUCCAACAAGUACUGGCAGCGGCUCACGCCUAACAAGAGAUCGACGAGCGCCGUCAACGUAUCGAACAACAGCAGCUCAGCGCAGGAAGUGAAGAUCAACGGCUACCCACCGGGCCCGGCGAAACCGGCGCGCACCUACAAGGGCCUCAACCGCAGCAAGAGUUUCGCUAUGGGCGCACCCGAACAGGACGCCCGCCCGCGCUACGUCACCGGCAUGAGCCGCAACCACUCCACCAUGUACAAGUCCAACCCACACCUGAGCCGGCUCGACGAGACGCCCGAACAGCUCAAGAGCCCCGGCAUCGUGUCCAUCAUCAACAGGAGCCAGCGCGACCUCGCCGACGCCGUCUCCAGGGAGACGGAGCGCAGGCGCGACGGACUGUUCGGCGCGCGGUACGGCAAGACCGCGCCGUCGAGCAACGGCCACACAAACGGCCACGCCAAAAGCUACGAGGAGACCGAUAAGAAGAAAAUAUUCCUGAAAGGUCUCCGCGAGCGCGCGCCGGACCUCUAUCAGACGCUCCACGCGGAUGAAGAUUCGGACGGUAGCAGACUGUCGUCUAGAUACGGCACACCGUCGCCGCAUUACAAGGAUCGUCUGUCCGAGGAACGGAAAGCGCCGCUCUAUAAGAGCGAGUCUCUCAACAGGGAGGGCAGCCCGUUCGUGGCACGCUUGGAGACGAGGCUGAAAUCGCCCGCCAUCAGGACGGGUAGCAACAGCAGCGACAACUACUCGGAGACCUACAGGUACACGACGCGCUCGGGCGACCCCGAGCGGCCGAGCGUGACGGACACCGUCGAGACGGUCAGCAAGAAAAUCGUGCCCUCUAGGGACGGCCGUUCGAAAGAGAUAAUAGAGUCCAGGGAGGUGAACUCGGUGACGAAGAGCAGAGCCUACAAGGGUGAGCCAAUCGCCGCCGUUAAGUACUACGAGAACGGAGUGCGCCCACCGCCGGUAAGCUACGAAAUCAAAAAUGGAUCUGUCCCCCUGUACUCAGAGCGGAGGAGCAGCAACUACAAGGUCAUAGAAAAGAUCAGAGAUUAU